AUGUCUCGCCCGUCAAAUGCUGAGACUGCUGGCAGCAACACACCCGACCACACCACAUGUCCGAACUGCAACUUCGUGCUCCCCUAUACCACCAAAACCACCGACCCCGCGCGUCGUCUCCCAUUCGACUGCAUGUCCCUGGUCCUCCAGCAGCUUGACAUUGUCGACAUCCUCCGCUGCGAGCGCCUGAAUCAGACCUGGAGAGACUUCGUUCAGACCUGGAUCCACGCAGUCGGACUGCACCUUCACUUCCCUGAUGCGCCUGAAAUCGAACAAGAACCAGUCAAGGACAAGGAUGGAGGUAAUGACAACCGCACGGCGGAAGGAAAACGUCGGGACGAGAACAAGCGUAUUGCAGACGAGAAGGGUAGAGCAGUGAAACUCUUCAAGGACACCGCCGCCUUACUCUCUGGAAAGCCAACGGCAGUCCGUACUUUCCAGGCCAGUUCCGCACAGGUUGCAUUGGCAGGUAAUUGCAUAGCCUGGUUCGUCGAUCGAAAAAUCUACUGGAAAGACCUCAGCCGCGGUGACAAAGGAUCGUUACAGCGAGCGCGAGAAUUCCGACCACGCUAUUACCAGGAUGAGGUUGAGGAGCGUAUUCCCGUCAGACUGUGGAUAAGCGACGAGGGCGAUUACAUCCUGGUGCGCACGCAGUCACCAACGGGGCAUUGCAUCACUGACCACCUGUUUCAUCCCUGGAACGGCAAGGAGAUCUGGUACCACGAGCACAGCUCGAGCGAGUCGAUGCAGAUCCCGCUGGUGUUUGGGGAGCACCGGAUAUACUACUUCGAUUCAUGGCGGGAUGGCAAGAAGGAUUCGCAGAAGUGUAUAGCGACUCGGGAGACGGAGACUCUUCGGGACUCUCAGAGGUAUCGGCACAAAAUCAGGGACGUCAUCAGCCCGCUUGUCCCCGAGGAGACGUUCCGUCGGCAUCUCGACUUCCAAUCGAUUUCACGCCGGUAUAUUGGUGUCAUCCACGCUCGACAGACAGGAGAUGAAACAUUUCUUGCGGUUGGACUCAAGGGGACUUUAGCGACUGGGGAUCCUGCCGCUACCGGGGGGAUUCUGCUCGUUACGCUUACGCGUGGCAACGACAACGAGAAGAAAGUCCAAGAGAUACAAGUGGACAUGCCCGCCGAAACACACGCAUACAUCCAGGUCUCGGCUUCAACGAGACGAGAAUUUGCCCUGAUCACCCAUGAUGUCGAACCCGUUCGGACAGUCACAAUCCGCAAAUUCAGACCAGACGCAGACGGGAAAUUCGAGCAGCGUGGUAUUCCCACGGUCAUCCAGUGGCCGGGGAACAAUGAACCAUCCACGUGGCUCGCGAUCGACCCUUUCAAGCUCCUCUUCGCACGUUCCAACAUUAUGAAUGGUCUUGAUAUUGGGUCUUUCACAUUGGCCGCACCUGAUGCUGCCCAGUCUUCCCAGCCUGCCGCUUCAGAGACGGGUGCAACCGAGAAGGAGGAUGAAAAAGAGGUCAAGAGGCGUUUCGGCCUAUCGAAGCCAGUGACGCUUCCACCAAAAGACACAAGCAUUCGGUCCCGCCGUCGACCCUACCGAUUCCUCCCUGACCAAGCCAUGCAGUAUGAGCAUGCAGUCCACUUUGUUGACCCGGGGCGGAUCAUUGUUGAGAUUGACUGUGCCGCUUAUGGGAAGCAUCGAUACACGUAUCGGAUCUUGGACUUUGGAAAAAUCAAAUAG